ACAUCCGGCCAGAUCAGUUUACAAUAGGGAGUAAUCGACACUUAGCGCCUCAUGAGCUCUCACCCGUUCCAGAUCGACUUCUAGAAUCAUCGGUGGCCUAGCUUAGCUCUCCCGUUCCGUUUAACCCUAGCUAUCUGUGCGCACGAUUCUCCAUCACCGGUUUCUGCAUCGAUCCUGCUCCCUCACCCUCCGGUUUCUUCGGUCUGCUGCGCCUCUCACAGCCGGUUGGUCCUCGCUAGGUCUUCUUCCUGAGCUAUUAUUGUCGAUUUUAGGAAUUCAGAUUAAGCUAACAAAAUUUCCAGUCAUCAACAACCUCAGGGAUAAAAUCUCCAAGCAUAUGAUUAUUAAGUUCACAACAUUGCCCUAAGCAAACAGGAGGAGUUGAGUGUGGUUACUUUGUGAUGAAGUACAUGAAGGAUAUUGUAUCUGACGUGAAUCGUUUGAAACAGAAUAUCCUUAUUGCUCAGGCAUAAAGUAAAACCUUUACACAGAGAAGUUGGAUUGCUGUGUGACCAAGUUAGUUUUGGUGAGAAACUUGGCAGAGCAAACAGCAUUCUUUAUAUAGACAGAAGAUUCUUCACUGCAGUAAAGUUUAACCAUCAUGUCUUGGUGUACCAUUGAAUCUGAUCCCGGGGUUUUCACUGAGCUCAUUCAGCAGAUGCAAGUAAAAGGAGUGCAGGUUGAAGAAUUGUAUACAUUGGACCUUGAUGCUCUCAAUGACCUUAGGCCAAUCUAUGGAUUAGUUUUUCUUUUCAAGUGGCGCCCUGGCGAAAAAGAUGACCGUCUAGUGAUCAAGGAUCCCAACCCCAACUUAUUUUUCGCUAGCCAGGUUAUCAAUAAUGCAUGUGCCACCCAAGCAAUCCUGUCAAUCCUUCUGAACAGCCCAGACAUUGACAUAGGCCCAGAACUUUCUCAGCUAAAAGAUUUCACAAAGAAUUUCCCACCCGAGCUCAAGGGCUUAGCCAUCAACAACAGUGAUUCGAUCCGGGCUGCCCAUAACAGCUUCGCACGACCAGAGCCGUUCGUUCCUGAGGAGCAGAAAACUGCAGGGAAAGACGACGAUGUCUAUCAUUUCAUAAGUUACAUUCCAGUCGACGGCAUACUGUACGAGCUUGACGGGCUGAAAGAAGGGCCCAUCAGCCUUGGACAAUGCCCCAGUGGGCCGAAUGAGGAUUCCGAGUGGUUGCGAUUGGUUCAGCCUGUGAUUCAGGAAAGGAUUGAGAGGUAUUCGAGGAACGAAAUAAGGUUCAACCUGAUGGCCAUAAUCAAGAACAGGAAAGAAAUGUACACUGCUGAGUUGAAGGAGCUUCAGAGGAAAAGAGAAAGGAUUCUUCAGCAAUUGGCUGCUUUACAAUCAGAGAGGGUUAUGGUGGAUGGAAGCAACGUGGAGGCACUGAAUAAAACACUAACGGAAGUGAACUCGGGCAUUGAAGUGGCUACUGAGAAGAUACUGGUGGAAGAAGAGAAGUUCAAGAAAUGGAAAACCGAAAACAUCCGCAGAAAGCACAACUAUAUUCCCUUCUUGUUCAACUUCCUGAAGGUUCUUGCUGAAAAGAAGCAGUUGAGACCUCUUAUAGAGAAGGCAAAACAAAAAGCUAGCAAAUCGUAAUAGGUCUGGAAAAAGUGUACGCACAGCUCAAGUAUGGCAUGAUCUUUUCUCAUUGCUGUUUCAUGGCAUUAAUCAAUAUUAUUAUCACGUUUUAGUUAUUACUGAGAUUUUGCUUAAACUACAAUGAUCUUAUAAUAUCCACUGGGAUUGUUUGCUUUUGAUUUAAUAGAUUUUUGUGUUGUUUACUUGUAACUUAAUGGCCUUGCCAGGGGAUUGACUUAAUUGACGGUAUCUCUAUUGUUUCUUUUGCCAAGGAAUAGUGUUUAUGUAGUAUACAAAAAUAAACACUCUCUUACACAAAGGCCAGUUGGUUUAAUACAGAUACACAUUUUAAUUUGGAUAGAA